AGCAACGUGUUGAUGUGUACUAGGGUUCUUUAGUUAAAAUUGUUUACACCAUUUAAAUAAAAGGUUAUGGUGCGGUAAUAAGUUAUGAUCAUUGGAUUUAUUUGAACGAGGUGGGGCGUAGAAUCAUUUUGACCCUUAAAAAGUCGGCGUUCCACUUGUGACGAGUCCUCAGCCGUCAGAUUUAAUUGCUAUCCUCGCACUGUACCACUAGAGUGCAUGCGAAGCCGAUUUAUGCCCUCCGAUUGGCCUACUUGUCAUACUGGUUCAGUCAUCAAUCCAGCAGAUGCACUGGCCACUCGAGUCGACGGCAGAGAUUGAUCGGCCGGCCGAGAGAAUCCGUGGGGAUUUUGAUAUAUAAAACAAAGCUAUUUUUAUUCUCCUUCACUUUUGGCACUAAUUUUGUAGUGAAAAGCUAGUGGCCAAAUGAAAUGACUAACGACAGAAUAUGGUGGUCGUACGAGCUACUUCAUCACCAUCCACAACCAAUUUCGGAGGCUACACUUGCUUCCAACUCAAUCGACUCCUACAAAUUUGCUGCAGUUCAAAAACCUUAAAUCAUGGCAAACAAGUUCACCAGCAGAUAAUCCAAGGUGGGUUGGGCCGAAACCCAUUCCUAGUCACUAAGUUGGUCCAGAUGUAUGCAGAUUGCGAUCAUUUGUUGUCUGCACGGAUAUUGUUUGAUCAAUUGUCUCAACCAAAUGUCUUUGCCUGGACUGCUAUUAUCGGAUUUUAUUCUAGGCAUGGAAUGUACCAGAAAUGUGUCAGAACCUAUGCUGAAAUGUCUUUGAUGGGCGUUUCGCCUGAUGAGUAUGUGUUUCCCAAGGUCUUAAAGGUGUGUGCUCAAUCUUCGUGCUUAAAAGCUGGAAUGCAGAUCCACAAAGAUGUGAUUACGUCUGGCUUUGAGUUUAGUUCGGAAGUUUGUAAUUCUUUGAUUGAAAUGUAUUCAAAAUGCAUGGAUGUUCAGAAUGCUAAGCGGGUUUUUGAUGUGAUAGUGGGAAGAGAUUUGCUUUCAUGGAAUUUGAUGAUCUCCGGAUAUGUCUAUAAUGGGUUGCUUGAAUCAGCCGUGAAACUGUUGGAUCGCAUGAGGUUCGAUGGGUGUGAGCCUGAUGUUGUCACUUGGAACAUUGUAAUGGACGCUUAUUGCCAAAUGAGACUAUGUGACGAAGCUUGGAAUAUAUUUGAACGGAUUAAAGAGCCUAAUAUAAUCUCAUGGACCACUUUGAUCAAAGGUUAUUCAAGGAUUGGGAAUCAUGAAGUAUCCUUGAGGAUUUUCAGGGAUAUGAUAAGCAGUGGCAUGAUUUCCCCUGAUUUGGAUUGUCUUUCUGGAGUCCUAGUCUCCUGUAGGCAUCUGGGGUCUUUGUCAGGUGGAAGAGAAAUCCAUAGCUAUGGAAUCAAAAUGAAAUCUUGCAUUGCAUUUUAUAAUUCAGCGGGUGCCACUUUGUUGACGAUGUAUGCUAAGUAUGGAAGACUUCAGGAUGCAAAGAAUGUGUUUAAAUUAAUGGACCAAGCUGAUGUUGUUACUUGGAAUGCCAUGAUACUUGGUUUUGCUGAUGUGGGAUUGGAGCAUUCGGCUCUGGAAUGUUUUAGCAAAAUGCAAAGAGCUGGAAUCAAGAAUGACCGAACAACAAUAUCGACUGUUUUGCCAGUCUGUGAUUUAAAAUCUGGAAAGCAAAUUCAUGCCUUCAUCAGGAAAGGUUGCUUUGAUUUAGUUACUCCUGUGUGGAAUGCACUGAUCUACAUGUACUCCAAAUGUGGAUGCAUAAGAUCAGCAUCCUUGGUAUUUUCUAACAUGCUCACCAGAGAUGUAGUUUCAUGGAAUUCCAUGAUGGGAGGGUUUAGAAUGCAUGGGCUUGGCCAAGCUGCUCUUGAGCUUCUGAAAGAGAUGAGACAAUCAGCCCUUGAGCCUGAUUCCAUGACAUUUACCUCUGUCCUUUCAGCUUGUAGUCACUCAGGUCUUGUGAAUGAGGGCCUUGAAGUAUUCCAUAAAAUGACGAAAUACUAUUGCUUAACCCCCAGUAUGGAGCAUUAUGCUUGCAUUGUUGAUAUGCUAGCACGUGCAGGUCGGCUCCAAGAUGCUGUUACUUUUAUUCAGAAUAUGCCUCUUGAGCCUGAUAAAUCUAUUUGGGGGACGCUGCUAGCUGCCUGUCGAUCCCACCAAAAUGUUGAUGUUGCAAAACUGGCUGCUGAACAGUUGGUCCUAUUGGAACCUGAACAUGCUGGGCACUAUGUGACUUUGUCUAAUAUAUUUGCAAGAGCUGGAAGGUGGGAUGAUUCUCUAAAGGUGAGAAAGCAAAUGGAGAAUAGAGGAACAGUUAAGCCAUCAGGAAACAGUUGGAUAGAGAGUGGAAGCUAAACAACUGAAAAAUCUGAUGACUUUCCAACGGGCGUUCAAAGCUCUGAAUGUUGUUAUACUGGUUAAUAUGAUAUUGGCAUUGUGGGUCAGAUGAAAUUGUUUGAACCACUGCAUAAGCCCUUGUUGUGAAGGAUAACUGACAAAAAUUCAGACUUCUUCAAGUAUACCGUGUACAAACCAUUAUUAACACCAUAAAUACAAUGGUAUCGAGGAUAUGAAGAAAGAAAGUGGAACCCAAAGGCCUGUUUAGAAUGAUAUAGAAAUACUCAUAGCGAGCAAAAUAAGAAUUAGAACAGGCACUGGAGUCAGGAAUAUUAAACGUAAGGGGUGGAGUAUUGGGAGAUAGAUGAUGUUGGUUAUGGCUAGCAUUUCUUCUUAUGAAUGCAGUAAACAGGAGCUUAGCACAAGUAUUCUGCUUAUCAAUUAUGCACAAAAUAUUGUUCUACGUUAAGGUUGAAUGGAAGGGCAUUCGAUAUUAGACAUCAAUGAUAUAGGGAGGAUAAAUCUGAGUUUGUCUGGGGGACGAAGAAACUAGGUGGAGAUGGCAAUACUGCUUUUGUUUUGUUUCGUUGAGGACAACUGUUUGAAAAUUUGUUUGCCCCAAAAUAAAAAUGCUUUUGAACUCUAGGCUAGAGUAUUGUUUAGCUUACUCUUUCCCUGAAGAUAUUUAGGCCGGUGAAAAUUGGAUAAUAACUCUUCAAUAAUAAAUGAAAAGAAAUGUGUCCAUGAAGGUAAAA